AAGAGACACAAAAGACGAAAAACCACAAAGUAAAACAGGAAAUCACAAAUUCAAGAUACAAAGGAUAUAAAGUUUUUGAACAGUGGAGGUGUGUUGCACUGAAGAGUAACUUCAACCAGACUUUGGCUGCAAAGAGAAAAGCUUGGUGGGAAGAGCUGAUGCAGACAAACAGAAACAAUCCAAGGAUGAAGACCUCACUGGCUGUGUUGGGUUUAUCCCUCUUCCACCUGUGUGUGGCUGAGCUCCUGCCACAGCAACAAGACGGAGACAUGAACAGCAUGGAGAGUCCCGGCAUCGAACAAGCUGGUCCCAUAGCCGGUGACGUAACAGAGAGCCCACGAUACAGUAGCCAUCUUGAUGUCAGCAUAAGAGAGGCGGAACAGCAAAACACCGAGAGACAGCUCGAGGAGCUGAAGAGAGAGGACCAAGGCAACCGGGAGGCAUUUGGCGAAUCCUUCGACAAUGUUGGAAACACUGGACCCUACAACACUGAGAUCACACUGCCCCACAGGAGCGACGGCGAUAACACAGGCGCAUACAGCCCAUCAGCAGGUAUCUUCACUGCUCCGGUCAAAGGAGUUUACCACUUCAGCUUCUCUGGUCAGACUGUAUCAACUAAACCGAUGGGCCUGCGACUAAUGAAGACUAUCAACCAUCCGGAUGGACGCCGCUAUGAGACGGCAAACAAUGUCAUGACCCUACCUCUCAAUGAGGGAGACCAGGUGUACAUGAGACUCCGGCGAAGAAUCCAUUUCAGAAUCAGAAUCAGAAUCAGAAUCAGAAUCAGCAUCCACUUACAUGUGCAUAUUUCACAUUGAACAUAUGGAGUUGUGGAUGAAUACAAUGUACAGUGUUUACCUUCACUUAAUUUUUGUUUUGUGUAAAACUGCAGUUAUGUAUUUUGGGAUUAGUAGGUGCAGUGGAUGUUCAGUGUUGCAGUUUAUUGCACAGAGAUUGUUCUGCCACCGAUCGACUGUUUGAACUGUUCUCAAGAGCGACGGCAUGUGGAAAGAAGCUGUUCUUGUAUCUGGCUGUUUUGGCAUUCAGUGAUUUGUAGCACCUGAAAGAAGGGAGUGGUUAGAAAAGGUUGUCUCCAGGGUGUGAUGGGUCUGCAGUGAUUAAGUUAAGAGUUAAUAGGAAUCCUCAUCAUUAUUGUGUGAAUUGAAAAUUGUAUAUAACAAUUGAUAUUAUGUUUGCCUUUAUAAGACAUUUUUUAUGAAUAAAGCUAUGUAAUUUGCUUUAA